AUGUUGAAACAAAAGGGAAUGUGAACCGCGAUGGUUAUAGGUGCUAUUUCCACAAUCGUGGGCCCGUAUAUCUAUUUCUCUCUCACACGCACUGUACUUAUCGCACUUGUUUAACUCUGCUGGUACACAUCUGAGGGACAUUAUUUCGUGUUCCUGCUGGAGUGAGAGAGCGACAACUCGCGGAGUGAAAGAAAACUUGAAUCGUUUUUUUGUUUUAGUAUAUUUUUUUUCCAAGUCGUCUCGGUUUCACUGCGAUAUAAUAACGCUCGAAUAUUGCCCGUUGAGCGAGUUUACGGGAGUGCCACUGUCGGGGUUUCUCCUCCUCGUCGUGUAUUUUCUCGGGUGUUUUAUUCGCGUGUACAUGGGAAUAUAAUGAAGGGCAUUUCACGAAUUUCCGCCCUGUAGAAAAAGAUCGAGAAGACUCUUGGGAGGAUAAAAGUGUUUGGUAUCCAGAAACGUUUUCUCUCUGUAGGUGUCUCUGUGAGUGGAACGUGUGUAUGUGUGUGUGUGUGUGUGUGUGUGUGUGUGUGCAAUUCCAUCCUGCAAAGCAACCGUUUGAUAAUUAUAAUCAGUCUUCUGGACCUCUCAAGCGGUAGAGGAAUCGUUCGGAAAUAUUUUCGUCUCGUCACACAGAGAGGGAUACACAGAGAGUGAGAGAGAACAAAAAAAGCUGGUAUAACAACCGGCAGCGUUGGCAAUCAAACACAUUGUGAAGAUUUUUUUGACUCGGGCCAAACGAGAACAUAGUGAAAGAGAGACGAAAUUUCUCGAGCCUCGAGAACAGUGUUUUUCGUUUCUGUAUCAUAUACGCUGAUACACAUACACGCAUACAUACACACGGCAAAAGAAGAGAGAGACAGACAGUGACACGUUCAACGGUGAAACGAAAGGGCGAUCGAAUACGGCUGAGAAAUUCAUUUUUUUUGUUUCUCAAGUCUCUGUAUUUGUGUGCAUUGGCCGCAUCAAACAUGCCAAACCCAGCGUUCUACGCCCUCCCGAAGAUGCGCAUCUUUCAUGUAUAUCCGUCCAUCGUCAACGAAAAAAUUGUCAAACUGUCGUGAUUUUGGGUCAAAUCCUCGCGAAAAGUCAUAAUCUCUUCUCCAUUCUUCGUUCAUUAUUUUUCCUCGUUCCGUCACAUUACGAGCGAGUUCGUGUCUCGAUUAAACAGCGAUAAUUGGUCCAUCAGAGUGCCCAGUUGACUUUUUUGUAUUCGCGAAUUACGUGAGACUGGAAAUUUUUUUUUUUCCUCUGUCACAGAGACAACGUGUUGAGAAGAAUUGUGCAGUGCGCGAAAAUCCGUCUCAUAGGAUACUCUCUAAAAGUGUGUAUUCACGAAUUGGACAUAUUCUGCAUAAAUAAAUUCAACGUUAUUGAACAUUUAAUUAAAAUAAAAAAAUACAUCGUCGCACAAAAAUAUGUUGUAAAAGAAUGGCAUCGAAGCAUCAAAUUUGUAAGAUAAAGUGACUGUUUGAUGAGGAAAAAAUUGGUGUAUUACACACAGAGUGUGAGGAUCCCACCGCAGUGACAAACAUUGAGCGAAACAAGAGAAUUUGAAUUCAUUAUUUGCAAGUCACCGCAGCGCCAAGUCACUGUGGCUAUGGUCGUAGCUAACGGCUGCUGGGUACAUAAUGCUGGUUUCAAUCAGAACCAGAACGGUGAAAAUAAUUUGAAUAACGAAAGUAACAACAACAAAAUGACUGCAAAGGGUAUAUUGAUAUGCCGCGAUAAUUCGCACGCUUUUCAAGAGCGGACGUUGAACCUGGACCAAGCGGUGAAGAUAGGGCGUUCGGUAGCAAGAGCGCGGGUCGCCACCAACAAUGCAAUAUUCGACUGCAAAGUGUUAUCCCGCAAUCACGCGCUGCUGUGGUACAGCGGCGGCAAAUUUUAUCUCCAAGAUACAAAAAGUAGCAACGGAACGUUUGUGAACAAUCAACGACUGAGCGCAACGGGACUGGAAUCUACUCCGCGUGAAGUAUGCUCAGGGGAUAUCGUACAAUUUGGAGUGGACGUCAUGGAAAGUACAAAGAAAGUAACCCACGGUUGCAUAGUCGCAACGCUGAAGCUUUAUCUGCCAGACGGCAAAGAAGCAAAAGCCAGUCGAACCAUGGCAAUGGCCAAUCCAGCCGGCGACGUCUCUCUGGAGGAUCUCUACAAACUCAAUCAAUAUAUACAAGAAGCAAGUAGAAGGGAAAAAGUUUUGCAAAGUAAAUUAUCUCAUCUUCAGUCUCUGGUAGAAAACACAAGAUUGGCCACCGAUCAAUCGUGGAAAGCUCUCAUCGACGAAGACCGCCUUCUAACACGGAUCAAAGCUGUGGAGAGUCAACUGGUUGCGUGCUCAAAAAAUUUAAGCGAAGACAAGAUUCGCAGUGAGUUGUUGAGAUUGGAGGAGGAGAAAGCUCAAUAUCAGAUAGCAGCGAAAGAUGCAUUGCACAAGAUACAUCAGGAGAAACUCGAGGUGACUCAAAAACUUGCCCAGCUCGAGAGUCGUCUGAACGAAACCGAAGAGGAGUGUCAAAGCCUUCACAACGUUUCGAAACACGCGCAACUGGAGCUACAAGAACUCGCUGCCAAGUACACAGAGGCACAAAGAAAUUUACAAUUUAUGGAGAAUAAGAUGGUUGAAAAAGAAGAGAGCUCCUCGGAAAUCGUCAAAUGGGCGAUGCAGGAGAAAAAGGAUUUGUUGAAAAAGGUCGAAGAACAAGCCAGAGUCGAGCGUUUUCUUCAAGCGAGAUUGCGUAAUUGCUGGCUCGAAGAUCCCGUCAAUAUUCCAAAACACAUAACCGCUAUGAGAAAUUAUAUGCAAACCCUCAUCGAUAUGAAUCCAAAAUUGGUAACCGACGUUGACUCGAGCCUCGCGAAAGACGGUGUCAACCCCAUUGAAGCGAUCAACGGUAUCCUCAAUAAACUCGAUGCCAUGCUGACUGAAAUUCACAAUGAAACCGAGGCUAUUAACGAUACCAAUCUGACGAGCUUGGAUAACGAACAAAAUCAAACAAAUACUCAAGACUCUGAGAACAAACAAAUGCUCAUUAAGAAUACGGAGGAGCGGCCAUUCGACAAAAACGAGCUCGAUGAUUCGCCUAAUAAGCGUGAAAAUACGACGAAUUACAUAGUGAAACCAGCAGGAGUUUUGACGACGACGGUCACAACAUCCCCAACUGCCCGACGACAGCAACAGCAGCAGCAGCAGCAAAUGAGAGGUCAAAAAUCUCUGAACCGGAGAACUCUCGUCAAUGGAAGUACCGCGAAUCUCGACGACAGCGCCGAGUUCGAAGCUAAUACGGAAAACAACGAUGACACCAGUAGCAUUGCCAGUGACGAUACUUGGAUCGGUUUCAACGACGAAGUCGGUGAAAAAUCGGUAAUCGAGGUUAAGAAACAGUCGAGCGACGAUUACGAGGAUAACGCAACGUCGGAGGACCAGCAACGAGAGCAGCAAAUCUCGCGUGAAUCGGGACACAAGCUCGAAGUGCGUUUCGCAAGCGGUACAAACGGCAAGGACCUCGAGGAGGUUCACUACGACCACGCUUAUAGGCCGGAGGAGGAAUUCGCGGACGUCGCGACCGCAGCGAAUGACGACGAUUCUUCCGACUCGAUUGAAUCACCGAACGAAUCACCGGCCUCGUCGGUGACGUCUAAUCGCCAGGAGUUCAACAAAGACGACGAAGAUAUCGAGAAACCCGAGAAUCUCGAGCACGACGACGAGCACCAUCGCCGAGCGGAGGCAGAACAAGAGGAAGUCGAACCCGAAGAAGACGAGCAGCUCGACGGCGACUACAUCAAAACUCUCAAACCAAUCGGCAAUUCGAUCAGUCCGAAUUCAUCUCAAACCCGUGAAUACGUCUUGCGUACGUUGAUCGGUUCGUUGGAGUCAUUGCGGGGGGAGGACGAUCACGAGGCUCAACAGGUCGUCAAAAGAGAGCUCGACCAAUUGCGCGAUUGGCUCGUACAAGAAACCAGUGAGAAUAUCGUCAACAAACUCAAAGAAUUGUAUUAUCGUGCGAAAAAUGAGAAUCAACGGAUACAGGAAGUCAAUGAAGAGCUCGUUAUUCUCAAAGAAAAAUACAAUAACAUCAGCUAUGAGAAAACAGAACUUUUGAAACAGUACAAGACACUCAAAGCCCAAUGCGGUGAUCUUUUGAACACUUCGUACAGCGUACCCAUACAAUAUGUAGCCCCAAUUGCUGUCGUUAUCGUAUGGAUGUUGCUCGAAAAGAUGUUCUAAUGUUUUCUCUGUUUUGUACAUAUGGCUAUUCUAUGGCAAGAAAUCUUGUAUUUUCGUCUUCAUUUUCUAUGUUAUACUUUCGUUUCAAUUUUUUUUAACAUCCUCUUCGUACCUAGUUUCCAAAACAUUCGAGCCUUUUUUCGUUUCUUUUUUUUUUUUUGCUUUCGAGCCUGUACAUUGUACAUAUAUACAUAUAUAUAGACACAAACGUACGUAUGCAUUUAUAUGUUGAGUCCAUAUAAAUGCAUAUUUCCAUUAAUAUGAUAUUAAAAGCCUCGAAAUUAAUCAAAGAAGAGCCUCACAUUUUUCAAAGUGUGAAUUUUCGAGCGCCACGAUGCGCGAGGAGAAGCGAAGGAGGGGAGAUGAAAAGAAGAAAAACAAAAAUAAUAAUAAUCAGUGCUGUCACAUGCCCAAUUAAAUGAUAUCGCACGAGACUCCUUCAUUAUCGUUUCUCAACAAUAUUCGUUUGAGCGAUGAGCCGAAAUGAGAGCAAGCGUGAUUCCGGGUUUAUUAUUCUUUUAUAUGUUUUUCUCUGUUGUUUUUCUUGGUCUCUUUCGUUUAACGAAGUAUAUAGACAAUACCACGUAAAAUGUUCAAUACGCUGCCAAUUUCGAUAUCAUAUCUUCUUCGGACAUACGACGUACUUCUUCCUUAUAACGAUAAAAAGAAAGGAAAAAAAAAACGAGAAGCAAGAAAAUCCGGUAAAAAAUGAUAAAUUUAUAAUGUAAAAAUACAAAUGCACACCUUACCGUAUCCGUUCGUUGUAUGAUUAUAAGCAUAAAUAGUUAAUUAAUAAAUUUAAAGAAACCCUUAUAAUAAUGCAACGCGCCCGUGCUGUGUAUUGCCGAAUCUUUUGAAAAGUUCUCGGUUGUACUGCGAGUAUUAUAAACGAAUAAUUAUUAUCUAAUAACGUAUCGAAUUAAUAUCGGUGAAUUUUGAAUUCAUUCGAUUUUAUUCUUAAACGUGAAUAACACGAGAGUAAUUUUUGUAAGAGUUGCGAAAAAAGUUGGACAGUGGGUGAUGCAUAUAUGAAUAUAUAUAUACACACAUUGUUUUUCUUUCAUUAAUUUCUAUUUAAGACGAAAAUUUUAUAUCGAAUUCAUAAUAAUCUUUAGAAAAGCUAUUCAAAAGAAAAGUAACGUCUCCGGGCGAUCUUGCGGGACUCGAAAAAUCUUGAUAAAUUUCGGAUUAUCAUAUUAGACACACGGAACGUCCACGAAAAAUGAAAGAAAGCAUGCACUACUUUGCCAGAAUUCAAAUCGAAUAUCGGGGUAUUCUCACUUAUAAUCAUUAAAUUGUAUAAGCCGAGGAGAUGAAGAAAGAUUGAAAAAACAUUCUAAAAUCCCAGUUAGCUAAUGAAAUAACUAUUGAAAAAAAAAAAACAAAUAUGUUGAGAUGAAAGAAAAAACUGAGAGACGGCCAAUCGCGUAUAACGAUACGGCCUAGCAAUACGUUUCCGUACGGUUUUUCUAUCACUUCUUUUUAUACAAAAACAAAACAUAUAUAAAAAUAAUAUAAAAAAAAAGACGAAAAAAAUAAAAUAAAAUAAAAUACAAAUUUACUGUAUUUUCUUAUCAUUGUCGAUUAAUUCGGUUUUCCGGAGAGUGCCAUUUCGCAGAGUUGACAGCGACGAUCAACUUUGUCACCGUUGAAUUCGGGAAUUCUCGGAGGAACACGAUGAGCAUGGAGAAUGAUGCGAACGAGAAGAAAAAUAAGACGUGAGAAAAGAAAAAAAAAAAAGUCACGAAAGAUUGCUGAAAUUGUGUAAAACCAACGGGAAAGUAAAUAAAUAUAAUCUGUAUAGAGAAAGAAAUCUUGCGAACGGAAGAUAACAGUUCUAUUUUCCAAUAAGGUUUAUUCAGCUUGCUGUAUAUUCGGGGUUGACUUCUUGGAAGAUCGAAGCAAUAUAUUGUAGCUAUAAAAAAAAAAACAAAAACAAAAAAAAGAACAAAAAAGCUUGUACAUAAUAUUGUUAAUAUAAUCUUACUACCCGUGUAACAGUCAUUAUAAAUGAAAGCAACAACAACAACAACAACAAAAAUUGAAUAAAAUUAACUUAAUUAA